AUGUCCUCCAUCUCCAUCCUGCACAGAUCCUGCCUCCGCCUAGGUCUGCUGCCGUUCUCACCUCUGCGUGCUCGCGCCACCACUCUACGCCUUCCCCUUCCUCAGCCGCGGCGGCAUCUCCACCAGCCCCGCUGGAGCGCCAUGAGCUCUGCCGCGUCCAGGCUGUCGCACAUCGCCGCUGCCACCGGCGACGGGGCAGGCGCGGCCGGGGAGUCGAAUGAGUCGCCGCCGGCCGCAUCCGCCGCGGCCCAGGAAGACGAUGGUCUUUCAUCUGGGGACAUGGGCUACCGCCUUCCUCCAAAAGAAAUACAGGAUAUUGUCGACGCACCACCACUUCCUGUCUUGUCAUUCUCUCCAAACAAAGAUAAAAUUCUGUUCCUAAAGCGUCGAGCACUGCCACCACUAUCAGACCUUGCAAAGCCUGAGGAGAAGCUUGCUGGUCUAAGGAUUGAUGGCAAUUCUAAUACUAGGAGCCGAAUGUCUUUCUACACUGGAAUAGGUAUCCAUAAGCUAUUGGACGAUGGGACUUUGGGCCCAGAGAAAGAGGUGCAUGGAUACCCAGUAGGUGCAAGGAUUAAUUUUGUCACCUGGUCACAAGACGGCCGCCAUAUAUCCUUCAGUGUUCGAGUUGACGAGGAGGACAGCAAAAGUGGAAAACUGAGAGUGUGGAUUGCUGAUGUGGAAUCUGGAGAAGCAAGGCCACUUUUUAAAUCGCCUAAGAUAUACCUAAAUGCUAUUUUUGACAGCUUUGUAUGGGUUAACGAUUGUACACUGCUAGUCUGCACUAUUCCUGCGACACGUGGAGCCCCACCACAUAAGCCAUCAGUUCCAUCUGGCCCAAAAAUUCAGUCCAACGAGUCAAAGAAUGUAGUCCAAGUGAGAACUUUCCAAGAUCUGCUGAAAGACGAGUAUGAUGCUGAACUAUUUGAUUACUAUGCAACCUCACAGCUUGUGUUAGCCUCUUUGGAUGGAACAGUGAAGCCAAUUGGCCCUCCAGCUUUAUAUACAUCUGUUGAUCCAUCACCGGAUGAUAAAUACAUAAUGCUGUCUUCUAUCCACCGCCCAUAUUCCUACAUUGUACCUUGUGGGAGGUUUCCAAAGAAAGUUGAAUUGUGGACUGUAGAUGGAAAGUUUAUUAGAGAACUUUGUGACUUGCCCCUGGCUGAGGACAUACCAAUUACGAUGAGCAGUGUACGCAAGGGAAAGCGCUCAAUUAAUUGGAGGCCAGACAAACCUUCGACACUGUACUGGGUGGAGACACAAGAUGGUGGAGAUGCAAAAGUAGAAGUCUCCCCUCGUGACAUAGUUUACAUGGAAAAUGCCGAGCCUAUAAAUGGUGAACACCCAGAGAUUCUGCAUAAACUUGACCUUCGAUAUGCUGGCACCUCCUGGUGUGAUGAAUCUCUUGCUUUAGUGUAUGAAUCUUGGUUUAAAACUCGGAAAAUCAGAACAUGGGUGCUUUCUCCUGAUAAAAAAGAUGUCAGCCCACGCAUUUUAUUUGACCGAUCUUCAGAAGAUGUAUACUCUGACCCUGGCUCACCAAUGUUUCGAAGAACUGCUAUGGGAACAUAUGUCAUUGCAAAGAUCAAGAAAGAAGACGGAAAUACUUGUGUCUUGUUGAAUGGGAUGGGUGCCACACCAGAAGGAAAUGUUCCAUUCCUCGAUUUGUUUGAUAUAAAUACUGGGAGUAAAGAACGGAUAUGGGAGAGCGACAGGGAAAAGUACUAUGAAACUGUUGUUGCACUGAUGUCAGACAAAACUGAUGGGGAACUGUCCCUUGAUCAGUUAAAGAUACUUACGUCGAAAGAAUCAAAAACAGAAAACACACAAUAUUACUUGCAGACUUGGCCAGAAAAGAAUCAAGUUAAGAUCACAAAUUUCCCCCACCCAUAUCCUCAGCUUGCUUCCUUGUAUAAGGAAAUGAUAAGAUACCAGCGGAAGGAUGGAGUUCAACUUACAGCAAACUUAUACCUGCCCCCAGGGUAUGAUCCAUCAAAAGAUGGACCUUUGCCAUGUCUAGUUUGGUCCUACCCUGGUGAAUUUAAAAGCAAAGAUGCUGCUGGUCAAGUUCGUGGUUCCCCUAAUGAAUUUCCAGGGAUUGGUGCUACAUCUCCUCUUCUUUGGUUAGCUAGAGGGUUUGCUAUUCUGUCUGGUCCAACAAUCCCAAUUAUUGGUGAAGGUGAUGAAGAGGCCAAUGACAGAUAUGUGGAACAACUAGUAGCAAGUGCAGAGGCUGCAGUUGAGGAAGUUGUCAAAAGAGGGGUGGCUCACCCUGAUAAAAUUGCUGUUGGUGGUCAUUCGUAUGGUGCAUUCAUGACAGCUAAUCUGCUGGCUCACGCUCCUCAUCUUUUCUGCUGCGGAAUUGCUCGCUCUGGAGCUUACAACAGGACUCUAACUCCGUUUGGUUUUCAGAACGAGGAUAGAACACUCUGGGAGGCAACAAGUACAUAUGUCGAGAUGAGCCCUUUCAUGUCUGCAAACAAAAUCAAGAAACCAAUUUUACUUAUCCAUGGAGAGCAGGACAACAAUCCUGGGACACUGACAAUGCAGUCAGACCGAUUCUUCAAUGCCUUGAAAGGUCAUGGUGCGCUAUCUCGUUUGGUCAUACUUCCUUUUGAGAGCCAUGGGUACUCUGCUAGGGAGAGUAUUAUGCACGUCCUCUGGGAGACCGAUAGGUGGCUGCAGAACUACUGUGUAAACGGUACUAGCAAUGUUGACUCAGUGUCAGAGGCUGACAGUGAAAACAAAACAUUGUCAGCUAGCGGUGGCAGUGCAGCCCGUGAAGGUCUAAACCCUGAGGGACUCUCAUCAUUACCACGAUCGCUUCUGUGGUAA